UCUGCCCAUCUCGAACUCUGUUCUUGCUUGAAAAGUUCAAGACGUCUCUCCCUCUCGUUCUGUCUCCCCCAUCAACCAGAUCAAAUCCAGCUAUUUCUAUUGGCGCCUUUAAUCUGCUCCACAGUUCUUGUCACUCUCUCUCUGUUCAGCGAGAAAACGAUGGAGCAAAGGAAAGCCUUCCGUCCUCAUGUUCUGAUGCUGCCAUGGCUGGCCCUCGGCCACGCUAUACCACACAUAGAGCUCGCCAAGCGCCUCACUGACAGAGGCCUCCGCGUCCACCUCUGCUCCACCUCCUCCAUCCUCUCUUCCCUCAAGCAGAGGCUGCAGCAGGAGAGCUACUCGGCCAUUGAGACGAUCGAGAUCCGGCUCCCACCGACCCCGGGCCUGCCCUCCCACCAUGAGUCUACUUCCUCCCUCCCUCCCCACCUAAUGCUUCCCCUCAAGAAGGCCUUCCAUUCCUGCAAGCCCGCCAUCACCAACAUCCUCACCACCCUCAAUCCCGAUUUCAUCGUCCACGACUUCUUCCCUCCCUGGAUUUCGACCUUGGCUGCCGAGCUCCACAUCCGCGCCAUUCACUUCAUAACCUUCAACGCGUCGACCGUCUGCUUCUACUACUCGUUCUUCACAAAGGGUACCACAGGCGAUUCUCCUCUCAGAGCCAUCAAGCUUCAGGACUAUGAAUCUCGAUACAUAGAUAGGCUUCUCCGCAAGGAGCAAGCCGAGUUGGAAGCGAUGGACGGAUCCCCCCGAUCGGUGGAGACAUCGGAGAGCAUUUUAAUAUUCAAGACGGCCCGUUCAGUGGAAGGGAAGUUUCUCGACUAUGUGCAGGAGCUGACCGGGAAGGAGGCUGUGCCCGUCGGAAUUCUUGUACCUCAUCAGCAGCAGAAACAGUACUUGUCACACGACUCACACCUGCCCCCAGAUGAAACCGAAUUCGCCGAGUGGCUUGACGCCAGAAAGGGAUCCUCGGUGAUCUUCGUAUCGUUCGGUAGCGAGUACUUCAUGUCCAGGGAGGAGAUCGCAGAGAUUGCGUUGGGCUUGGAGCUGAGCGAGCAGAGCUUCAUAUGGGUGAUCAGGUUGGCGAGAGAAGGAGGAGAAGAAGAGGAAGAGGCUGUGAGUAAGAUGGAAAGGGAGCUGCCGUCGGGGUUCCUGGAUAGAGUGAAGGAUAAGGGGAUGGUGGUGAAUGGAUGGGCACCACAGACGACCAUUCUGAGCCACCCUUCCACCGGAGGGUUCCUCACCCACUGUGGGUGGGGGUCCCUGUGUGAAGGGAUGGGGUGUGGGGUGCCCUUCGUAGCACUCCCUCUGAGCCUCGACCAGCCUGUAAACGCAAGGCUGGUCGUGGUGGAGCUGGGGCUUGGAGUGGAGGUGCAGAGGGGGAGCAAUGGAGAGUUCCGGCGGGGGAAGGUGGCUGAAGCUAUCAGGAGAGUGAUGGUGGGCGAAGAGCGUGAAGAGUUGAGGAGGAGAGCAAAGGAGAUGGCGGAGAAGAUCAAGGUCGAGGACGAAGGAGGAGUUGCCGAGUUGAUGAAGGUGAUGAACAGGAUGUACAAUCACAGUAAGAAGUAUUACUUUCUUGACUCAACCAUCCACCGGGUUUCUGGCCAUUGGCUAUGGUCAAUCCUCUUUCUCUCUCUCAGAUCUGCAGAGCAACACAUCAAGAAAACCAUGGAGGAAAGGAAAUCCUUCCUUCCUCACGUUCUGAUGCUGCCGUGGCUGGCCCUUGGCCAUGUAAUAGCACAGAUAGAACUAGCCAAGCGCCUUGCUGACAGAGGCCUCCGCGUCCACCUCUGCUCCACCCCCUCCAUCUUGUCUUGUGUCAAGCAGAGGCUGCAGCAGGAGGGCUACUCGGCCAUCGAGACCAUCGACUUCCGGCUUCCGCCGACCCCGGGCCUGCCCUCCCACCAUGAAUCUACUUCCUCCCUCCCUCCUCACCUAAUGCUCCACCUCAAGAAGGCCUUCCAUUCCUGCAGGCCCGCCCUCACCGACGUCCUCACCACCCUUAAACCAGAUUUCAUCGUCCACGACGCCUUCCCUCCCUGGAUUCCGGCCCUGGCCGCCGAGCUCCACAUCCGCUCGAUUCAGUUCAUAACCUUCAACGCGACGGCCGUCAGCUUCUACUACUCGUUCUUCGCAAAGGGCACCAGUACCCCAAGCGAUUCUCCUCUCAGAGCCAUCAAGCUUCAGGACUAUGAAUCUCGAUGCAUAGAUAGGUUUCUCCGCAAGGAAAAAGCCGAUAUGGAUGCCAUGGGCGCAUCCCCCCGAUCGGUGGAGACAUCGGAGGGCAUUUUAAUCUUCAAGACGACCCGUUCACUGGAAGGGAAGUUUCUCGACUAUGUGCAGGAGCUAACGGGGAAGGAAGCCAUGCCCGUCGGAAUUCUUGCGCCUCAGCAUCACCAAGAUCAGUACUUCUCACAUCUGCCCUCAGAGGAAAGCGCAUUCGUCCGGUGGCUCGAAUCAAGGAAGAGAGCCUCAGUGGUCUUCGUAUCGUUUGGCAGCGAGUACUUCAUGUCCGGGGAGGAGAUCACAGAGAUUGCGUUGGGCUUGGAGAUGAGCGAGCAAAGCUUCAUAUGGGUGAUCAGGCUGGCGAGAGAAGAAGGGGAGGAAGAAGAGGCCGCGAGUAAAAUGGAAAGAGUGGUGCCGUCGGGGUUCCUGGAGAGGGUAAAGGAUAAGGGGAUGGUGGUGAACGGAUGGGCGCCGCAACUGGCCAUUCUGAGCCACCCUUCCACCGGAGGAUUCCUCACCCAUUGCGGGUGGGGGUCGCUGUGUGAAGGAAUGGGUUGUGGGGUGCCCUUCAUAGCACUUCCUCUGAGCAUCGAUCAGCCCAUAAACGCAAGGCUGGUGGUGGGAGAGUUGGGCCUUGGGGUGGAGGUGGAGAGGGGAAGCAAUGGGGAGUUCAGGAGGGAGAAGGUGGCCGAAGCUGUCAGGAGAGUAAUGGUGGGUGAAGAGGGUGAGGAGCUGAGGAAGAAAGCCAAGGACAUGGCGAAGAGGAUCAAGGGCGAGGAUCACGGAGGUCACGUUGACGAAUUGCUGAGGGUGAUGGAGAGGAUGUAGAGCGACGGUGAGAAGUAGAAAGUCCAAGGACGGACCGCAUUCCUCGCCGGAAUUGGGACGAACCGCAGAUUCGUCGUAUGGUCGUCACUGUAACUUUUUCUUUUUCUUCCUCUGUACUUUUUGAGCAAUUGCAGAUUGAAGAUAUUGGGAAUGUAUGGUACACAGUAAGAUCUGCCGUGAUGCACGUGACCUGCCCCCACAAAUUGUUUCAGCCCAUGGAUGAACUUGGUCUUCCGGCUGAGGAUCGACCGGAGGAGUUACUGGACGUCGUUUCAAACGCUACGUUAUCAGUAGUUCAAGUCCAUCAUGUUGUUUGCUUUAGCUUCAAGUUCAUUAGCAUUGCUUUACCCUCUUUUAAGUCUAUUUGGUAAUAGUUAAUACGUGAUUAACUGUACCCAUAUUAGUUUGCUUUACAUUAACAAAGAUCUGAAUUAUUUGGUGGUA